GCACACUUCCGGUUGUGUGCUUUUCUUCUGAAGAAAGUAAGCGUGUUUCCGGUAUGUCACGCAUCCCGUUCGGUCUACUCGCCCGCAUUCGGGGGCGAAGCAGGAGCGGACGGAGCGGCGUUGUCUCCAACCACCACCACGCCCCCCCCCCCUCGUCCCCCCCACCACAAUGCGGCGGUGAAGUGGCGGAGGUGGCGAGCCAGGGAGCUCGGACGGAGGCUCCCCCCCACCCCGCCCACACCCGACCUCCGCCCCCUUCUCCGGAUCCGCGAUGUCGAACCGUAAGCACCGGGACAACCAGGAGAUCUGCGCACGCAAGGUCCGGGAGCUGGCCCGGUCCGGAGUAAACAAACACUGCUUCGAGUGCAACCAGCCCGGGGUGACGUACACGGACGUGGCCGUGGGCACCUUCGUGUGCACGUCGUGCUCCGGAAUGCUGAGAGGCCUCAACCCUCCGCACAGGGUCAAGUCCAUCUCCAUGACGACCUUCUCCCAACAGGAAGUGGAAUUCCUCCAAAACCACGGCAACGAGGUCGGCAGGAGGACGUGGCUGUGCGCCUUUGACCCCAAGACGGACGGCUGCGGCGACAUGAAGGACUCGCAGAAGUUCAAAGAGUUCCUGCAGGACAAAUACGAGAAGAAGAAGUGGCAUUUUUCCAAAAGCAAGAACCGAAGAGAUGCGGAGGGACCUUGGAGCCCGGGUGUCCAGAGCGUCCUCGUUCACGGACCGCUGGCCGGCCAGCCCCUUCAUAACGUGCCCGCCGGCGCCCGGUCCGCCAGGACGACGGUGAGCGCUUCUGCCCGUCGACUGUCACGCCGCGUAAUACCGACCCGCCGCGCUUUUCAUACAUUUCCGUCGCCGCAGUCCCAGACGGCGCAGUGGGAUCGAGCCGCGGCCGCCGACGCGUUGGCCGCGCGGCCCUCGCGCUCCCAAAGCUUCCGGGAUGCCCCGCCCAAAGACCAGAACGCCUGCGGGAUUGAGAGACAGCGGCCGGGCUCGCUGUCUUCUGCUCGCCCUCCUUCCUUCCCCGCCCUCCCCAGACCUUCAGCUAGUAGCUCUUUCAAAAAACACUUCACGUUAGGUCGCGCGGCGUCAACCUCGGGCUCCGCGGGGCCCUUCAGAGCCUUCCCCAAAUCUCUCAGUUUGGACUUCGGGGCGCUGAAGACGCCGCAGCCUCCUCUUCCUCAGUCUCUGUCCCAGCAGCAGACCACUGCCAACGCCCAGGACAGGUACGCUGCGGUGUCCCACCUGGACAGCGUCUUCUCUGAAACAGCGCCACCUGCCGGGCCUCCGCAGUACGGCGCCCUGUUUGGCAGCCGGCUCUCUUCCGGCGCCACUCCCGCCCGCUCUCCAGGUGCCGAGACAUUGUCCACCUCGCAAACAUUUGCAAAUUUCCCCAACCCAUUCAGCUCCGCUUCCCAGCAGCCCGCUGCGCUCUCCCCGAGUAAUCCUUUCAGCAGCUCCCCAGGAGAAAAAAAAACUGUUGGAAACGGUCCCACCUUUUCCCAGGCGACGGCGCGUUCGUCACCUCCCCCGCUUCGGUGUUCCCGCCGCCCGGCUCGCUUCCCCAAGAGGCCGCCGGCAACCAGGAAGCCAACGGCUUCGCCGCCUUCCCUGUGUGCGACUCCCUGCCCAAAGUCCCUCGGCCCAUGUCGGUCAACCCUUUUACAGGGAACGUUUACCCCAGUCGGGGCACGUCACGAAACCCUUUCAUUUGACUAAGCCCCCCCCGCCAUUACUUCCCUCCUCGCCCGUCAAUCUCGGGGGGAGGGGGUGGGGUGUUGGGGGAGUGAACUGUAGGAGUUGUCGUCACCAUUUCAACGCCUCUGGAGUAUUUUCAACCUCUCAGGGAGGGUUAGACCCUCCGUUCCUCCUCCUCCCAAUGUCCUCUUAUUUAUGUCUGUGUUUACUUGUGUGUGCGUGUAAAAAAAAAAAAAAAAAAAAAAAAAAAAAAAAAAUAAAAAAAAAGCCUGAAUGCAAUUAUGACCUCCUCUUGUGAGAUCUAUUUUAAAGCCUCAAGCAUUUUGUUUUGUUUUUGUUUAGUUUGCAGAAAUAUACACUCAAAGUGCUGCUACUUUGCUUUCAUCCUCCCGCUUUAAAAGAAAAAGAAACAUAAAGAGAGCUAUACAUCAGUAGUUCUGCUUUUUCAAUCGGUUUGCCAAAAUGGAAAGUUGACCCCCCCCCCCCCCAGUGUUUGUUUUCAAAGACGGAUCGCCGCCUUAUUCAAGCCUCCCGGUGCAUGUGCCGAUGUAUGGAAACGAGCGGGAAAUGUUUGUUUGCUGUUUGUUCUCCUUCCUUGUUAACCACUACCGGGCUGCAUGAGCUUUGAGGGCUAAAAAAAAAAAAAAAGCUACUGAAUGUAAAAAAAAAAAAAAAAAAAAAAAGCAAUUACAGAAUAACUUAUAAUAAUGUAUCAGACGACAGUGCUUCUUAUACUGGACCAAAAUUGUUUUUGUUUUUUCUUCUUUCUUACACGGGAGUGUGAAGUUUGUUGAGUGGAGUUAAAGAUUUGUGUAACCACAUCUUUGUGAUGGCAAGUAUUCAUAAAAUCAGUUUGAUGCUUUA